AUGAAUAUUAUCCGGUCCUGGUGGGGACUCGGCUCCUGGCUUCUACUCGUGGCAGUCGCGGCAACUAGCUUGUUCGCCAGUGAUAUCAGCAAUGUUGCUGGAGAAGAGAAUGAUAUUGGCAUCCAUGCAAACCGAACGGCCAGAACGAUCCUCCGAACGCGUGCUUCCACAGUACCACCGGGCGACUUUCCCAUCUGUACUAACCCCCGCGGUCCCUCGCGUCCAUUCUGUCUCCCGGAAGAUGGUGCGAACGUGACAGUGGAGGGGACUUACUACGUUACAUGGAACGCGGACUUCUAUCCCCUGAAUGCCACGAUCACCAUCGAGCUGCGAUACUCCGACUCCUCCGAAGGCGACUCGGCAUUUACCUCGGAAAGGACGGACAAUAGCUACGGAUAUACUCACAUCCAUAUGCGCCAAGAAUGGCUUCAGGGACGGCACCGAAACCUGUUGACGCUUUAUAUCAUCGAGUUAGAUCCAAUAUCAGACAAACGAGCAAGUGCCCGACGGGGCCCAACAAUCACCCUUUAUCCUAAACCAGUGGAGCAUCGCAUCCCUCCCCCUCGUGUGCGCUUCAAUAAGCUAGCCCUGUAUAUCGGUCUUCCGGUGAGCUUCAGCGUUGUGGUGUUCGUUGUUGCAGGACUGUACUUCGGCAUGAGGGAAAGUAGACGGAUUGAUCUGGGGUACGUCGCGAGGCCUGGGUACGGAAUCGGGAAGUCCAAGAUCCAGCGCCUGGGACGCCACGAGGGAGAGCGCAACGGGUCUGACUGCUCCUCGGCGCUGAAGAAGUAUUCGGAUGAGUUUGACUCGGGCGUCUCCGAAGCGGCCCACCCCGAUCAUUAUGGCGAUCUUGAGCGCAGUCCCACCUUGGGAUUCAAGCGCGAUUCGUCGAAGUUGAAGAGCUGGAGGAUGUGAGCUCAAGCUGUUUCUGUCGCAUGGCUGCGACAAGAGCAGAAUUCGAAGUCUUUUUUGGCAGACCUCGUUCACAGUAUGAGAAACACGCCUGCUAAGCGUUGGGUGGGACACCCUGCCGGUGCAAUAUGUUUUAUACUGGACGAAAUGGUGUUGGCCGACUGGCAGCAUGAGCCAUGGUAAAAUGUAUAUAUAUCACCCUAGGCCAGCCGUUCUUUUGAGCAAAGGCAAGAUACUAUGCGACACGAACCCUUGAUUAUUGCCCGUCUAUGUUGGCAGUUAUACGGAGUGCGUACACCCGUACGAUUUAGUGGUUAGUAUAGAGUGUCUUGCAAGUAUGUAGUUGCCAUGGCAUACCUGCAACUACCAACUAGUUCACCAACUAGAGUAGCAUGAAGGAUUGAGAUGAUGAAUUUGGCAAGCCGCAUCGGGCAUGGCGCCCUGGGCCAUACUGCAAGAGGACUAGUGUCAACAGCGGUGCAGGCCAC